GUUGUUGGCGUUUGACGGGAAGCUUUGUGAAGCGCGUUUUCUUCUUCCAUCUUUCAAGCUUCACGCGUCAAGCUCUCCGCGGCUUCGACUGCUACCUCUACAACAAUUGAAGCUUUCAACCAUACUUUCAACUGCCGAGCAGAUGACUCAUCCGUUGCUCGACCAGCGGAGAUUAGGUUGGUGGUAAUUAUUGUGCUAACUGUGAAUUGGCAGAACGAGCCAUACCACAACAGCUGAGCAGAACAAAACACCAUGGUCACUACCAGGCAUGCGCAAAGCGGGGGUCGCGCUCAGGAAACGGCCACGAGUAAUGCCCCCUUCCAGCAAGGUGAUGACGAUUCCAGCUCCUCUGACGACGAUAUACCAGCCGAACCCACCCCGAAUUACAAACGAAAUCGGAGCAUGUUCACCGGUCCAACACUCCGACCUACGAAGAGGGUGCGAAACUCGCUCGAAUACAUUCAUCCCUCCAAGAGACGAAAGACGCCCGGAAGCAUAGUAGUGGCUGGUGAUCAAGAGGAAUCUGUCGAGGCAGAGGGAAGUCGGCAAGAUGACGAUAUCGGCGAAGACGAAGAUGCACUUUUGAGGCAGCAACUACUUGAGGUGGUCAACUCGUUUAGAGGUACAAAGUCGCGCGACCCUCCUAUUCCUCCUACCGAGCCCCAACCCGAGCCCCAACCUUCCACAACUGGCGUGAAGCGCCGCAGAGGAAGACCUAGAAAACAUCCGCUGCCGGUGAUUGCACAGGACCAGGCAGCAUUCAAGACACAACUAUCACAGCGGGCAUUGGACGAAAUAGAGGCUCUAGCCGAAGAGACAUCGGAAGCAGGGGGGGCCCAAACUCAGGAAAGAGAUGACGUAUUGGAUUCUGUGGAAGUCGAGUACCAUACAGCAUUCGAAGCUUUGGAACCAGCGGAACACCCAGAGUCUCAGCUUCCAAGAGGCGUCGACGACCAUGUUGACGAUGAGAGACAACAAGAGGAGGAGGUCGAACCAGAGCAAGAUGAACAAGAACGGGGGAAAAAAAGCCUACAAAAAGACAAAGACACCCUCGAGAUAAUACCAGAACAGCUGGAACAAGAGCCAGACAAUGAUUCGGAGCCAGACAAUGAUUCGGAUCAAGAGUUUCCAUCGCUCUUUGAUUUGAAGAAGCGUACGAAGAAACAAGUACCUCCUUCAGCCCAGCCAGAACUGGGUCCGGAGCACACGCGUCCGUCACCAGUUCUCGGCAGCGACCCUGCAGACGAGUUUGCGAAUGGGGACGAUUCUCAGAACCAAGAAGACGACUACGAGGAAAUGGAAAGCGACAAAGAUUAUGAAGAGGAAGAACAGUCACACGAAGAUGAAGAAGAACAAACAGACAAAGAGGAUGAGGCGAACAAUCAACCCCCACGUGCCGCGCCAAAUCGACGUUUUGCCACUCUGCCCCAAGACUCGCUGCAGGUGGAAAUGCCAGGCAGUACCAUCCUUCCGUUGCGAAAUAUCAUGGGCCGCCCUGGCUGGACGGGCCUCAGCAAGGAUUGGUCCAAGACCAUAAUACAGCCAUACCGAGACCAAACUAAAAAACCGACGGCUACGCAACUAGUCAAAAAUUUUUGCGGGCAACUAUAUGAUCUCAAAAUCCUUUUCGAUCGAGCUCCCCGAGCGGCGUCCCUUACCAAGCAAGACGAGUACUGGGUGAGCAAGAACAUCAAAACGUUGCAGGACAUCGUGGCGAACGUGUGUGAGCAACAUCUGGCCCCCAAUGGGGUUACUAAGCCACACUACCGCCAAUCAUUGAGGCAAGAUUUGUUCGAAUAUGGCAUCCCCAUGUUGAUUUUGGUUUUGUCGAGCGCGUACUGUCUAGGUGAAAUGGAUGGAGGAGACGACGACGGUGAAUACGAUUUCCCUGGCUUUCCCCAAUUUGGCACAUUCACCACCAGUACAAUACAAUAUCUCCUCCGCAUCACCGGUUGGAUCAAGCGUCUGGGGACAAGGCUGGUAUCCGAGGUUUCGGACGACGAGGACGCCGAGGACGAGCAUUUGGGCAAUGUGGGAAGGUUCAAGACAAACGUGCUCAAGAGAAAGAUCACAGAAAACAGGCAGCUUCUAAAGAAGCUCCUCGGCCCCUGGGACGAAACCUUAAAACAAGCGCUAAGCGACCUAGACAAUAAAAAGAUUGCCAAGGACGAGGCCAUCAAGGGGGCUCGUCAGGCGGCCGAGGAAGCAGAGCUCGCCAAAAGGGAGGCCCAAUAUGCGGCAUUCGCUUUGUCUAUACAGCGCAUUGGCUCACAACCAUCACCCAGGGUGGAACAGUGGCAGUAUACAAAUGGGUCUAUGGCAAUGCCACGUUCAUCGGGGGUAGUAACACCAGUGAGAUCGGUACCCACACGUCAGCAGCAACCUGGGUCCCGUGUGUCAGCGACGUCGUCAAGACAGCCAAGGGUCCCGAGCACAGGGCCGACGUAUUCUUGGCAGCGGCGCUCCUACAAGCCGAAUUAUCCCAUGUGGUCGGACGAGAAGAAGAAAUGGUUGUUGAACCAGCUACGGAACAUUGGCCCUAGGGUCUCGGAUAUGGAGUACGAGGAUUUGGCUGAUGCCUUGCGGAAACCGAUCACGGAAGUAAGGCAUGAGGCAUUAACGCUAAGAGCAGCUGCGAAGUCACUUGCGGAAGAGAGGGGGACCAAGGUCGAGUGGUGGGCGAGGGUGGAUGAUUAAUAUGAUUAUUUUACAGUAUGGGCAAUGGACUGGGAUGGGAGUGAUGAAUACGGACGAGCAUGGCAAUUACUGAUGAUACACGGCGGAUUUAAUGUUCAUGAUUUGUGGGAUUCGAAUGAUAGAGGGCGAGCCAUCUGCAUCUCCCCAAGUG